AUGCACCUCUUACUACUAAUUCACACCCUGAUCGGUGUGGCAAUUGCCCAAAAUGUAUUCACUACAGGAACAUGUGUGACUCAGCGAGGAUGCGGCCCCUUCCCUACAGCUUCUCCUACACCUCCCACUACGAUAUCGAACACCAUUCAAUUAACGCUGAACCGCACCGUAACCAUCUGUCCUACAGAGACAGUCUCUGUUUUCGGUACCACCUCAGCCGUAUCUUUAACUCGGACUGUCAACUCAACUGUGGUCUCUACUCUGCGUGUCACCGCGACGUCCACUGUCACGAUCAAUGCUACCACCACCGACACAGAAGAAGCCACUAAUACUGUCACGUUAACAAGCACCAUGACAUUGACAGCCACCAUUCGACGCACCUCAACUAUUCCUGCUACAUCAGGCUUCGUCCCCAUCGCCUCCGAACCAGGCUACGUUCCUAGACGCCGCGACAAACGUGGCGGUGACAAGUUAGUACCGACUGCUAAACCGGACCUGGAAAAGAGAUGCUGGCCAGAUAUCCGAGAUGUUGUCUGCAACACUACCAUCUUCACGCUGACCACCCAAACUGUUACACCGGCUGGAUGUCGUCCGCCGUUCCCUACUAUAACUGUGACCCAGAGCGUAAGUGUGUUCACUGUCACUACGACAGUUACUACUACCGUUACUAGUACGAGGACUGAGCGUACAACUGUGAUGACGACCGUGGAGAAUGUCAUUACUGCGACGACUACCUCGACUUGGACUUGGACCACGAGGCCUAUCGAUCGGAAUACGACAUUCUUUGCGACCACCACUCUAGCUACUGCAACGACGUAUGCUGCAUGUCAAGCGAAUAAUCUCAUCAAUUCAGCCAACGGAGGACAUUUCAUCUGGAACAUCAACUACGGCGGUUCACAGAAUCAGAUCCAAGUGGGAAUUCCAGCACGGAAUGCAUAUGAAUGCUGCGUAGCAUGCCAUCAAACCCGAAACUGCAUCUGGUCCAACUUCCCCGGCGGCUGCGAAUUGGUAAUUGCAAACUCCUGCAAUCCCAACAGCAACUUCAAUUCAUCAUUCAUCACUUCACCAGAUGUCAGGAGGGGAACGACGAUUAGUAACGGCCCUUGUGGAUUUAUUGCCAACGGGGGAGAUAUCCCUCUGGUUUAG